UGAAAUGCAGAAGCCGUCUGAGGAGGAGGAUGGCGGAUUGGCCUCAAUGGCCUGUAUCCUCUGCCAGACAGUUGCAUCCAGUCGUAGCAUGCUAGAGGUGCACCUAAAAUGCCAUAGUGGAGACCAAGGCUUCAGAUGCCCUCGCUGUGGUUGCGAAUCAGAGGAGUGGGUUGAUAUGGAGCAACAUUGGAGGGGACAUGGAAAAAGAAAAGGCUCAAAAAGGCAUAAAUGUAGUGUUUGCCCCAGGACAUUUAGGAGAGCUGAUUCUUGUGAAGCACAUGAAGAAAGGCAUAAUCAGCGGCAUCACUGUCGAUCUGAGUCUGGAGGGCUGGUGCAGUGUUCUCUGUGCCUGGAAUGGUGUCACUCAGGGAAGGAGUGGGAAAUACACCAACAAUGUCAUUUUCAAGAAGGAUUUAAAUGCUUACACUGUAAUUUCAAAGAGAAGUCAUGGAAGAAAACCCUGAAGCAUAUUCACACUCAACACGAACAGGCUGACCAAGAAAAACAGAUUGCUCACAGUGUAGAAAACCAGCAACUUAACUCAUCCACCGAAUACCCAGAAUGCCUCCGAGGAAUGAAGCCAGAGUCGUGGUCCCAGGUUAGGAAGAAGAGGUUGAAAAACAUGGUUGCGGUAAGGGAAAAGAGCAAAGAAGGAGGAAAGGACAGAGUGGUUCACCUGAAGGGUGAGACAUCUGUUGGACUCGCUGUUUCCAGGCGGAAAGAGUUCUGCUGCAACCUCUGUGACAAGAAGUUUUCUACCAAGUUGACCAUGCGCCGUCACAUGGGCAUUCAUCAAGGAGAUAAGCCAUUUAAGUGCCCACACUGCCACUACUGCACUCGUCUCAAAGCCUCACUCAAACAGCACCUCCGCGUCCACACAGGUGAGAAGCCAUACAAGUGUUCGCAGUGUUCCUAUGCUUCUAUUGACAGAAGCUCUUUGCGUCGACACUCAAGGACGCACACACAAGAAAAGCCUUACUGCUGCCAGUACUGUCCAUACAGCAGCAUCCAGAAGAAGAGCUUAGACCUCCAUUCACGGCGUCAUCACACAGGAGAGUCAUUCCCUUGUCACCUGUGCCAGUAUUCCACACCAGACCGCCAGCUGCUGGUGCGACACAUGAGGAAACAUCACAGUGCCGAACAAACCGCCGCACUGGGGCAGAGGAACAGCUCUGGUUCUGGCUCCCAAACCCCACCUUCUCAAAGAGCACGGACAUCCAAGUGAUAUUUAUGAUUUGUAAAUAAAAUUGAUUUUUUAUAUAUA